UUACUCUCUAGGCCUACAUUUAUAGUUGCUUAUUCCUUUUUCUCCUCCUCUUCUUCUUCUUCUUCUACUUCUUCUGGGUCUUUGUAGUUUUCACUGCAGAGCAAAACCCAGUUUUUAGUUUCAGAUCGGAGGUGGAGUGGAGUGAGUGAUCCUAGUUUUGGAAAAUGGGGCUGAAGCUUCACUACCACAAUCACUAUCAUUCUCCUAGAGGAGGAGCACUUGGUGCUCUUCUGCUGCUGCUGCUUCCUAUUUUCUUGCCCAGUUUGUUCAGCCCAUUGGGCCAUGCUUCACCUUCCAUGUUGUCAGAAUGGAAUGUUCCAAAAUCUAGACACCAGCGCCUUCUCAAGAGUGCUUUACAACGCCAAACUUCCGAAGGGGAACUCUCAGAUCUAUGGACACCAUUGGCCAACCAGUCAUUGAAACCUUGUGCAGAAUCAUCAAUUGCCACUUCAUUACCAGAGAAAUCUGAGGGAUUUAUCCAAGUAUUUCUUGAUGGAGGGCUGAACCAGCAGAGGAUGGGGAUAUGUGAUGCAGUUGCUGUUGCUAAAAUACUGAAUGCAACUCUUGUGAUCCCAUACCUUGAAGUGAAUCCCGUAUGGCGAGAUUCGAGCUCCUUCAUGGAUAUAUUUGAUGUUGAUCAUUUCAUUAAUGUAUUAAAGGAUGAUAUAUCCAUAGUUAAAGAGCUACCUUCUGAUUUCUCCUGGAGCACAAGGGAGUACUAUGCAACGGCCAUCCGAGCUACCAGAGUUAAGACAGCACCUGUGCAUGCUUCAGCCAACUGGUAUCUAGAGAACGUAUUGCCUGUAGUUCAGAGUUAUGGAAUAGCAGCAAUUGCCCCUUUCUCUCACCGCCUGACAUUUGAUAACCUGCCUAUGGACAUCCAGCGGCUACGCUGUAAGGUCAACUUUCAAGCAUUAGUUUUUGUCCCUCAUAUUAGAGCACUCGGAGAUGCUCUAAUCAGCCGCCUUAGAAAUCCUUCUGGCAAAAGUGGAGCAGUUGGCACCAAUUACCUGCAGGAGAUGCCUGAUGUGAAAAAUAAACAAGGGGCAGGGAAAUUUGUUGUGCUACACCUACGGUUUGAUAAGGAUAUGGCAGCCCAUUCAGCCUGUGAUUUUGGUGGUGGAAAAGCUGAAAAACUGGCUCUGGCCAAAUACCGACAAGUAAUCUGGCAGGGAAGGGUCCUUAACUCCCAGUUCACUGACGAAGAGUUGAGGAGUCAGGGCCGUUGUCCAUUAACUCCAGAAGAGAUUGGAUUGCUGCUUGCAGCUUUGGGGUUUGACAACAGUACUCGUCUAUAUCUUGCUUCCCACAAGGUAUAUGGUGGGGAAGCUAGGAUUUCAACCUUGCGAAGAUUGUUUCCACUAAUGGAAGACAAAAAGAGCCUUGCUUCUUCAGAAGAACGGGCCCAAAUAAAAGGAAAGGCUUCUUUGUUAGCAGCAGCUGAUUACUACGUUAGCAUGCACAGCGACAUCUUCAUUUCUGCUUCUCCAGGAAAUAUGCACAAUGCACUGGUAGGCCAUCGAACUUAUGAGAACUUGAAGACGAUUCGGCCGAGUAUGUCACUGUUGGGUCAACUCUUCCUAAACAAAAGCAUUAGCUGGUCAGACUUCCAGCAGUCAGUAGUAGAAGGGCACCAAAACAGACAAGGGCAAAUCAGGUUGAGAAAGCCAAAGCAGUCCAUAUACACCUAUCCUGCUCCCGACUGCAUGUGCCAGGCAUGAGGUUAAUGUGAUGGUGAAGAAGAUCUAGACGACCAUCUAGAUUUCAUUAUUUGGUACCACUACACCCUUUGUGACUUGUAUUAUUGGUAAAUAAAAAGCGAUCCCAUUUCUGUUAGUCAUAAAACUAUACAGGUAAUAUUUUCAAUAGGGUGCAGUAGGUGUAAUAGGUGCUUCUGGGGAUGUAUUGGUCGAAAAAUACUCUUUAUGUAGAAGUGGGGUUGGGGUUUGUACUUGUAUUUGUCAAGGGGUUUGGAUGUGAUCGACUUUUAGGGACAAUACUUUUAGACAGAAACAAAUGUGUUUGUUCCAAUUUGAAUUACAUGUAUACCGUCCUUCCAUGCCCCUGCUUUAUACAUCUUCUUUGCUACUA